AAAACAAGAUCGGAUUAGAGUUCUUGCGCAUUUUUGUUAACCGUUAAAACGUUUUGGCUGCCGAUCGUCAAGCCAAGCUACAGAGGAAACAUGGAUAGGAAACGAAAGACUCAAGACGAACACGAGCUAGAAAAGGAUGCAAAAAAAGGGGCUCCUCCUCGCCCCCCUGUUGUGGAGAUCACUAUUGACAAAGCCGUGAUCAAAGGGUAUCACAUCUUCCGCUUAAGGCCACUAAUGGGCCUCAGGAUGAAUGUUGUGGCAGAACCCGACAACCAACACGACAAGCACGCACUGGCAGUGUUUAUGCCGCCGCUGGAGAAGAUUCCCACCGACCAGCACGACGUAGUAACAGACACAAAACGCAGGACCGUCGUCCGGGACAUUGCUGAGAAGUGCGUUGGACACCUACCCGCCAGCCUGUCGUCUAUCCUGAACCAGCUAUCGUCAGCUGGCGAGGUGGAAGAAAUCACGUGCGUUGCCAUUGGCCUGCCGCGUCGAUCCUUCUGGCCGUGGCCCGAAGCAGUCCAAAAAGGUGGUGGGGCCGUCGUUCCCUGCCAGAUUCACCUUCAAGUGGUGGACAAAGAGAGGGCUACCGCAGCGCUAAGGGCAGCUUUCAACGACAUGGGCCCUGAGAAGGAAGUCUUGACCGUUCUCUGA